UCAUAAUUUUUUUUCCAUUUUCUCUCUCCUCUCAAUUUCUUCCAUUUUCUCUCUCAUGGAUUCGCAGUCUUCGAGCUUUUUUUUCGUCGGUAAAUUCUUCGCUUAAUUUUAAUUUAAUGUAAUUAUUUUUUUACUUUAUUUAGUUCUUGUAUCUGUAAAAUAUCUGUUAAUUUUCGGAAAUUAGGGUUUUAGAUCUGAGAAAGAGGGAAAAAUCGAGGGUUUUAUAUGUUUUAUGUUUUAGAUUUAAUGUUGUGGAUUAGUAUUACUACUUGUUGUUGUAUGUAAAAUUAGAAAUUAAUUGUUAUAAAAAAUGAAGAGAUUGAGAUCGUAUGGUGAUGAUUUGGCGUCGGUCGGAGAGAAGGAGCUUGACCGAACGACGUCAUUUUCGUCGUCGUCGCAUCACCGGAGAUUUUAUUCAAAAGGGCCGGAAAACGGUCGGAAUAGACCUUCUCCGGUGAUCGAUGAUGAUCGUGAUAGAGAAGGUUCGUCGUCGAGGGGGAUAAGUUUGAGGAAGAGGAUGGACCAUGAUAUGGAUGGGUUUGAUGAGAGGGAAAGUUCUAGAGGGUUUAGGAAGAGAGGGGAGCAUGAAUUUUCGGAGGGUUUCGAAGAACGGGAAGGUUUUAGAGGGGUGAGGAAGAGAGUGGAGCAUGAGAAUGAUGUGUUUGAUAGGAGGAAAGGGUUUGAUCGGUAUAGGGAUCGAGAUGGGAUGGUGGGUUCGUCAAUGGUGUCACCACGAGGUGGUGGGUAUGGGGUGGAGAGGGAGAGGGAGAGGGAGAGAGAGAGGGAGAGGGAAAGGGAGAGGGAUAGGGAGAGGAUUCAUCGGUCUGAGAGUUUUUGUGUGUCAAGGAGAGAUUUUCCGAAAGGCUUUAGGUCGGAGAGGCAUUGGUCGAGGAGGGAGGAUGGGGGAUCGUCCUCGUGGAGGAGAUUUGAUAGUAGGAACAGGAAGGAUGUUGAGGAGGAUGCUAGGAGUUCACCGGUUGAGAAGGGUGCGAGUAGUAGCAGCAAAGGUGGGGGGCCGGAUAGUGGUGGUGUUACUAGCAGCAAAGAGAGUUUGAAGUCCCCUCGAGGAAUUAAAGAUGUCAAGUCACCAACGUGGUCGAAAGAUUCAGCUAGGGAUUCGAAGGAUUCAGUGGGCGAGCCUUUAAAAGAUAACAAGAAGAACGAGAGUAUGGUGGCAGACAGUGGUGUGAGUGCAAAUGGUGUGGGAAGUAGAAGCGGUAGCGGAACUGGAAGUGGAAGUGAGAUGGAGGAAGGUGAGCUUCAACCAGAAUUAAAUCAGAUUCAAGCGCCAGAAGAUCGGAUUGAUUCUGAACAGAAUGUGGAAAAUGCUGAACAAUGUGCUGAGAAACAUCCAGCAGACAGGGAUACUGGAAAAACGCUACAUGAACAUAAUGUUAGUCAAAUGGUGGAGUCAGAAGCAGCUGAUUCUGUUGCUAAGGAGAGAAAAUUGGCUCAAGAGGAUGAGAGACUGUCGGCUGAAGCAGAUGUUGUCGACAGGAAUCAGGUGGCCGGGGUUAAAUCAGCAAAAGAUGAGAAAGUGAAAGGAACAGAGAAGCUCUUGACAAGCCAAAAUCAUUUUGUGGACAAGGCUUCUGGUACUGAAGAAUCUAAAGUGUCAGUGCUUAAAGGUUUUGAGAAUGCAGCUGCGAAUGAUGGAAAAUUGAGGGACAAUCAACCUGAGUCUUCCGCCCUUGCAAAUAUCAGCCUUGAGGGUCAGGUGAAAGUGGAAGAGCAUGAUCCAAGAAGCAUGGACCAGUUAUUACCAGAGAAAGAGAACCCAACAAUUAAUUUUCAUCUUGAAGUUGGUCUGGGCGAGUCAAAUAAAACCUUUGUAGAAGAAAUCCAAAAAGAACCUGAAGCAUGUGUCCCUGUCCUGAAAGACAAAGGUAAAGGUGUGGCUGUAUGCUCUCCAGGUGAGGCUAGUCCUAGAGAAAACAGUUUGCUGCUCGAAAGGAACUUCAUUUCCUGCCAAGAUGAUGCGAUGGAAGGUCCCAGUGUACGUGGCUUUGAGCUUUUUUCUAGCUCUGCUGGAAUUAAAGCGGAGUGUGCUAACAGGAGUAGUGGCUCUAAAACAGAAGCUGAGAAGUUGAAGUUGGAACCUUUAGACCUCUCUCUUGGACUACCUAAUGUUUCAGUUCCUGCUGCUUCUCGUGGUGCCGCUGCACCCCCGAGUUCUCCUCCACGUGCAAGGAGUGUUCAGUCAUUUGCUACCUCUCUCAGAACUGGCUCAGAUUGUUUCACAACAUCCAUUUCUUUCUCUGGCUCACAAUUUAUUCAUAAUCCAAGCUGUUCACUCACUCAUAAUUCAGUUGAUCAUGACUUUGAGCAAUCUGUGAAAAGCCGCCCGUUGUUUCAAGGUGUUGAUUGGCAGGCAUUAAGUGCUAAUGAUUCUCUGCCAAAGGAAGUUAUUGCGAAAACAAAAUUAGUUUCAAAUGGUAAUGCUAGUGGGUCUCUACAAUUUUCGCAGUCGUCCCAAGGCAUGUUGAAUGUUCGUGCUGUACAACAGCAACCAGUGGCUGUUGGAGUAGAACAGUCAGGCAAUCUCCAGAAACAGGUCUCUGGAAAGAUACGUUAUGAAGACGAUUUCAGGUCACCUGCCCAGAGUGCAGGAUCUCAUGAUACUAGAUCAGAAUAUGGCAAAGAUAAAAAGCGGGUAACUGGCGAAGAAAGUGUAAGUAGGCUUUUCAGGAGCAGUAGUCAGAGAGAGAUGGAAGUUGCAGGUGAAAGAGCUCUUGUGGAGCGGCUAAUCUAUUUCGUUGCUUCUGAACCAAUCCAAACCAUGGCGUGGAAAAUUAAUGAAAUGCCAGAGCGUUCGGUUGCUUUUUUGAAGGAUAGUGUAUGCGAAAUUAUAGUGAAAGAAGAUAACCACAGAAAGCUACGUGCCCUUCAGGAUGUACUGCGGAAAAGAUCUGAUCUUAAUUUGGAGACUCUGUUGAAGUCACACCGGGUUCAGUUGCAGAUUUUGGUGGCUCUGAAAACCAGUCUUCCAGACUUUAUACAGCGUGCUGACAGUAUUUCUUCUAGCGAUUUGGCAGAGAUAUAUCUGAAUUUGAAGUGCAGAAAUAUUGACUGUCGAAAUGCAUUGCCUGUUGAUGAAUGUGAUUGUAAAUUUUGCUCCCAGAAAGAUGGAUUCUGUAGUUCAUGUAUGUGCCUUGUCUGUUCGAAGUUUGACAAUGCCGCCAACACAUGUGGUUGGGUUGGAUGUGAUGUUUGCGACCAUUGGUGCCAUACUGAUUGUGGUUUGCUGAAAUCCUAUAUUAGAAAUGGUAGAAGUGCUGCCGGGGCUCAGGGUAUAUCUGAACUGCAAUUUUACUGUCUUGCUUGUGAUCAUCCUUCUGAAAUGUUUGGCUUCGUGAAGGAUGUCUUCAUAUCUUGUGCUAAUCAAUGGAAACUUGAGACAUUCCUCAAGGAACUUGAAUAUGUAAGGAGGAUAUUUAAUGCCAGCAAUGAUUACAGAGGAAAAGUAUUGCAUGAUGCUGCUAAGCAGCUGAUUACUAGAUUGCAAAAUGGGGCCAAUACUGUGGAGAUAUGUAAUCAAAUUAUGGCGUUUUUAAAUGAGGGUGAUCCGAAAUCUGCCAAUGCAAUGGUAUCUUCUGUAAGGGACCAACUCCAACCUCAGCCCCUUGAGAAUAACAGAGGAAAUGUUCUUGACGGGAGGGUUACUUCACUCACUCAAGAUCCAAUUUGGUCAAAACCCAAUAAUUCUACAAAGGAACGCUCCCAAAUGGAAAAUAUUGGGGUUACUAUUCCAAGUAUUGAGGGGAGUGCAGUUGGUGGUGGUUUAUGGAGUACCGAGACUUUGAUGGGCACGAGUAAAAAUCCGGGAGAUGAGCUAGACAGCAUCGUCAAGAUUAAGCUGGCAGAAGCUCAAUUAUUCCAAAAACGUGCUGAUGAUGCUCGCAGAGAGGCAGAAGCCCUUCAACGCAUAGCAAUUGCCAAGAAUGAGAAAGUUGAAGAAGAGUAUGUAAGCAGGAUAGCAAAAUUAGGUCUGUCAGAGGUGGAAGAGAGACGCAGGCUGAAGCAUGAAGAAUUGCAAAUGUUGGAAAGAAGUCAUCGGGAAUACUUCAAUAUGAAAACUAGGAUGGAAACCGACAUCAAGGAUUUAUUGCUGAAAAUGGAAGCAACAAGACGGAAUCUCAGUACCUAAUAUUAAGGUUCUCUGAAGCCAUUGUUAUGCGGCUUAUGCCAUGUUAGCCCCUGUAGAUUACCAAGGCAACUCUCGAAGAUUUUGUCGAUGUUGCCUCACACCUGUAUUCAUAAAGCCCUACGAGCCCCUGAUAUCGGAGCAGAUUGUGGCGGUAUAGAAGUGUAUGUAUCUUGCAGAGUGGUCUUGUCUAGGUAAAGUAUUCUAGGUGAGAUUUUCAAGAGCAAUAUGUUCUUCUGUACUGUCCUUCUGUAGGUUUUUAUUUAUUUAUUAAAAUUCGAGAUCUCUUAGUCAAUCAGGUGUAGACACUGAUUGCUCUUUUGCCUUUUUCGUUUUCACUUGUAGUAGUAUCUAACUGAAGCCUGUACAGAAAUAGCUGUAGCUUCACCUCCUGUUAUAAACAUUUGGCAUAUAUUCAUCUCCAGUUAAGAAAGGAGUUCUCUUUUUCUAA